GCUGGAGGCAAAGCUGGUAAGGACAGUGGGAAGGCCAAGGCUAAGGCAGUGUCUCGCUCCCAGAGAGCCGGGCUACAGUUUCCCGUGGGCCGCAUCCACAGACAUUUGAAGACUCGCACCACAAGCCACGGAAGGGUUGGUGCCACCGCGGCCGUGUACAGUGCCGCAAUUCUGGAGUACCUCACUGCUGAGGUGCUGGAGCUGGCAGGUAAUGCUUCCAAGGAUCUCAAGGUAAAGCGGAUCACCCCACGCCACUUGCAGCUUGCGAUCCGUGGUGACGAGGAAUUGGAUUCUCUCAUCAAGGCUACCAUAGCGGGGGGUGGUGUGAUCCCUCACAUCCACAAGUCUCUGAUUGGAAAGAAGGGGCAGCAGAAAACUGCUUAGAGAGUUUUAACCAACCCUCUUCCUCCCUGUCAUUGUACUGUAACUAGGACAGAAGAAAUAAUGGGGCUAUGUGGAAUUUUAAAAACAGUUAAAUGGAAAAGCAUAGACAAUUACUGUAGACAUGGUAAGAGAAACAUUUGUAUGUUCUUAGACCCGAAGUUUGAGAAAAGUACCUUUUCAUGUGGCAACAGUUGUGUGUUGAUUGGCUGGAUUUCUCCCAUGUGUUUUAUACAAAAAUGGAAUUGAUAAACCAUUUUUUACAAAAAUAA